AUUUUACGGAGUGGAGUCUCCUUAUAUCUUCCUGCUAGCAACUGUGACACUAGAUAUGUUCUUCUAUUUUCUUCCGCGCAAAUUCGUAGUCUAAUUACUUAUUGCGAGGGCGCUAAUGCGUUUUUCUAAGUUGCGCUAAUUCCCGCGGUAAUCUCCAAUCGACUUCAAUCGACUUAUCUAUCAAUUCGAGUCAGAUGGUUAAUAGGUUAUGUUGAGAUAAUAGACGUUUAUGAAACAAACUCUUGUAUCUACAUUUUAAAAUAAAUGUAUUAAUAAAUAUGCUUAAAUUUCCGAGAUUAUUAGUGAAUCAUGUGAAAGCGUUGGCGACACCCACAUCGUCCAGUAAUACAGAUUGUUUGUCACAACAAACACGGAACACUUUUAUUCUCAAAAGAAGGCAUCCGGUACCUCUAUACAAAAAGAAUAGCAAACCUCAACGCCUGAAAACAAGGCAUUUCAUUUACGAUCUUGUUGAGGAUACUAAUUGGAGGAGGAAAGAAUUCCUCGAUUUGAUUCUGACGCAAUAUGUGGCAGGAAUCGGCAAUAUAGGCACUCGAGUGUCGCUACAUCCAAUGGUAGCUUACCCAAAGCUUUUACUGCCAAAACUAGCGGACUAUGCUACCCCCGAGAACAUUGAGAAAUAUACGAAAUUAGCGUUAGACCAGGGGGAGGAUAAGCCAUUUAGUUCUGGCUCGGUAGAGAAAAUGAUGAAGUAUCUGUCGAAGAAGCGGAUAUCCAUUAUGAUGUCGAAGGACGUACCUUGGACGUUGGAAAAGUGGCAUAUUAAAGUAAAUUUCCGCAAAGCUGGUAUUUACCUGCCAGAAGAUACUAUAACAAUACCUGAGAAAUCAAUAUCCGGGCCAAACCUGGAUAUAGAAGGAAAGGAAUUUUAUGUGACUAUCACGAUUAAUAAUCGAGAGCAGGUGAAGGUAAGGUGCUGUCUUCGUCAUUGGACAUCGGACAGUUCCUCGCAAAUUCAAGUCGACCACUCCUUGCCGGCCGAGCCAAUAUUUCCCGAGGACAAGCCGAUUUUAGAUUCUCUUCCCUCUUUCUACAAGGAAAGGAAGAAAAACAUUUAAUUUCUGAUAUAUUGUAUUAUAAUAUAAAUAAAUAACGCUUAA